AGAAGGGUUAAAUUAGGUUAAAGACCUGGCGGAGUGCGGAGUGCCAGCCAGGGCUGUGGCCAGGUCUCCAGCUCGCUGCUCGGGGAACGAGAGCCAGAGACCUCCUGGAACGGACCCGGAGGCACGCAUGUACUCUUGAGAAAGGAGCUCAGUGAGCCCGAGGUCGUCAGCCGCAGACUCUCAGCUCUCAGCGACCGCCGCCUGUCCCCAAGGGUCGAACACCACCACCGCCGUCCCAGGCGCGCCUCCAGCGGCCGGCUUUGAGGUCCUGAGUCUCGGUCGGCGCAGCCAACGUUGCCCACAGGGACUCCGUCUCCUGCUCCAUGUCCUUGUUGGAGAACCUGUGGAUGGAAGUCGGACACUGCUGAAGCCGACCACCGCGUUAACAGAAACGGUGUUCAGAGAUACAUGAGAGCAUCUGGGGGAGACAAAUCGGGCCCCUGUGUUUCUCACCUGCCGCACUUGGAAGAAAGAUAAAUAGAUAAGAAGUCAUCUUAGCUCCCUCCAUCUCAAAGGCGUGGAAGUCAAGGAUGCCGUACAGACGCUGAGAAUCUUCCCGUGAGUGGUGGUGUGAAUGGAGCAGGAGGCUGGACCCUGGCUGAACUUGAAGCCCUGGCUCUCUCCCCCGGACUUCACCCAGGACAUGCCGCUGUCUGGUGCCAAGCCCCCAACCCCAGGAUCGACCACCUGCAGGAAGAACCAAGAUUCAGGCCCCGGGCACGUGAAGGCCAGAUGGGCAGACAGAGGCAGUGUCUCCCGUCCCCGUGAGAAUUGGGAGCACAUGGCCUGGGCCGCCCUCGGACAGCAGAAACGGUGCCGGUCUGAAACCCUGAGCUGAUCAUGGAGAGUCCUGAGUUGUUCCAAAUAACCCGUCUGCCCUCUUCCUCCUUGCUGGCUCUGCAGACGGCUGCCCCCACGCUCUUCAAGGAGCAGGUCAGCUCAUGGCCAUCAGGCUGCAGCUGACCAGUCUCUGGCCCGUAGCAUCCUGCAGAAACUUCUAGCACUGUGGGGCAGUGUGUGUUCUUCCCGGGCCUCCAGCAGCUGGGAACCAGGUCAGGACCGUAUCUUGCCAGCAGAAUCUCAGCUCCCGUUGCCAGAAAUCUUGGAGUGAGCCACGGAUCACGCCGGCCUCCCCCCCGGUGAAGAGCUCCCAAGUGAAAUCCGAGAGACUCUGGGGACUCGCUUCAACAGAAUGUUCCUCGGGCUUUCUGGACUCAGGCACUGGAGCCUCUCCCGGGAGAGACCUGCCCCCCACCCUGGCCACGUGGGCGUCACCUCUCUGGGCAGGAGGCCUCUCCGUCUCCCGGGGCUCAGACAGAGACACGGCAGAAGCCUCUUGAAUGUUGGGGAAAAGAGGCUUAGAGCCUUCGCCCUCCAGUUUCAGGGAGCCGCCACCAGGAUGGGAGCUGCUACCAGACAGGACUUCUCCCUCGAGGCGAUGCUGACCCUCAGCUGGCUGGCCCUGGCCUGCUUCCCUGGGGCCGUGUCCACAGCCGUGUGCCCGGACCAGAGCCCCGAGCUGCAGCCCUGGAACCCCGGCCACGACCCGGACCACUAUGUGCACAUCGGGCGGGGCAGGGCCCUGCUGCUUGCCGCGUCUGCCACAGUGAACUCCAUCCACGUCUCCCAGGGGGGAAAGCUAGUCAUCAAAGACCACGAGGAGCCCAUUGUCCUGCGGGCCCGGCACGUCCUGAUAGACGACGGUGGGGAGCUGCAUGCUGGGAGCGCCCUGUGCCCCUACCAGGGCAACUUCAGCAUCGUUCUCUACGGAAGGGCCGACGAAGGAGUUCAGCCCGACCCUUACUUUGGCCUGAAGUACAUCGGGGUGGGCCCAGGAGGCACGCUGGAGUUACAUGGACAGAAAAAGCUCUCUUGGACAUUUCUGAACAAGACCCUUCGCCCAGGCGGCCUGGAGGAAGGAGGCUAUUUUUUUGAAAGGAGCUGGGGUCACCGUGGAGUCAUUGUUCACGUCAUCGACCCCAAAUCGGCGACAGUUGUCCAUUCCGACCGGUUUGACACCUACAGAUCCAAGAAGGAGAGCGAGCGUCUGGCCCAGUACUUGAACGCGGUGCCUGCGGGCAGGAUCCUCUCGGUGGCCGUGAACGAUGAGGGGUCUCGGAACCUGGACGACGCGGCCAGGAAGGCCAUGACCAGGCUGGGCAGCAAACACUUCCUACACCUCGGAUUCAGACACCCUUGGAGUUUCCUCACCGUGAAAGGAAAUCCCUCCUCUUCGGUUGAAGACCAUAUCGAGUAUCACGGACACCGAGGCUCGGCGGCCGCCCGGGUGUCCAAAGUGUUCCAGACGGAGCACGGGGAGCCCUUCAACGUCUCUUCCUCCAGCGAGUGGGUUCAAGAUGUGGAGUGGACGGAGUGGUUUGACCACGACCGAGUGGCGCACACUAAAGGCGGGGAGAAAAUUUCAGACCUCCGGGUCGCUCACCCAGGAAAGAUCUGCAAUCGUCCCAUCGACAUCCAGGCCACGACGGCGGAGGGCGUUAACCUCACCACCGAGGUCGUCUACAAAAAAGGCCAGGAUUAUAGGUUUGUGUGCUACAACGGGGGCCGAGCCUGCCAGACCUACCGUGUGCGAUUCCUGUGUGGGAAGCCCGUGAGGCCCAAACUCACCGUCACCAUCGACACCAACGUGAACAGCACCGUCCUGACCCUGGAGGACGAGGUUCGGUCGUGGAAGCCCGGGGACACGCUGGUCGUCGCCAGUACUGACUACUCCAUGUACCAGGCAGAGGAGUUCCAGGUGCUGCCCUGCAAAGCCUGUGCCCCCAACCAGGUCCGAGUGGCAGGGAAACCGCUGUACCUGCACAUCGGGGAGGAGGUAGAUGGUGUGGACAUGCGGGCCGAGGUCGGGCUGCUGAGCCGGAACAUCGUGGUGCGGGGGGAGGUGGAGGACCGGUGCUACCCUUACAGCAACCACGUCUGCAACUUCUUCGACUUCGACACCUUCGGGGGCCACAUCAAGUUUGCACUGGGCUUUAAGGCGGCGCACCUGGAGGGCGUGGAGCUGAGGCACAUGGGGCAGCAGCUGGUGGGGCAGUACCCCAUCCACUUCCACCUGGCGGGCGACGUGGACGAGAAGGGAGGCUACGACCCGCCCACGUACGUCCGCGAGCUCUCCAUCCACCACACAUUCUCUCGCUGCGUCACGGUGCAUGGCUCCAACGGCCUAUUGGUCAAGGACGUGGUGGGCUAUAACUCUCUGGGCCACUGCUUCUUCACGGAGGAUGGGCCAGAGGAACGGAACACCUUUGACCACUGUCUGGGCCUCCUCGUCAAGUCAGGAACCCUCCUCCCCUCCGACCGUGACAGCAAGAUGUGCAGGACCAUCACAGAAGACUCCUACCCAGGCUACGUCCCCAAGCCCCGGCAGGACUGCAAUGCGGUGUCCACCUUCUGGAUGGCUAACCCCAAUAACAACCUCAUUAACUGUGCGGCCGCGGGCUCCGAGGAGACCGGGUUCUGGUUCAUCUUCCACCACGUGCCCACAGGCCCCUCGGAGGGGAUGUACCCCCCAGGCUAUUCAGAGCACAUUCCGCUGGGGAAAUUCCAUAACAACCGAGCACAUUCCAACUACCGGGCUGGCAUGAUCAUAGACAACGGGGUCAAGACUACAGAGGCUUCUGCCAAGGACAAGAGGCCCUUCCUCUCUAUCAUCUCUGCCAGGUACAGCCCUCACCAGGACGCCGACCCGCUGAAGCCCCGGGAGCCUGCCAUCAUCCGACAUUUCACUGCCUACAAGAACCAGGACCACGGGGCCUGGCUGCGCGGCGGGGACGUGUGGCUGGACAGCUGUCGGUUUGCUGACAAUGGCAUCGGCCUGACCUUGGCCAGUGGUGGGACCUUCCCAUAUGACGACGGCUCCAAGCAGGAGAUAAAGAACAGCCUGUUUGUUGGGGAGAGUGGCAACGUGGGGACGGAGAUGAUGGACAACAGGAUCUGGGGCCCCGGCGGCCUGGACCACAGCGGCAGGACCCUCCCCAUAGGCCAGAACUUCCCGAUCCGAGGAAUUCAGUUCUAUGACGGCCCCGUCAGCAUCCAGAACUGCACUUUCCGCAAGUUCGCGGCCCUGGAGGGCCGGCACACCAGCGCCCUGGCCUUCCGGCUGAACAACGCUUGGCAGAGCUGCCCCCAUAACAACGUGACCAACAUCGCCUUCGAGGACGUCCCGAUUACUUCCAGAGUGUUCUUCGGAGAGCCCGGGCCCUGGUUCAACCAGCUGGACAUGGAUGGAGAUAAGACGUCGCUGUUCCACGACAUCGACGGCUCUGUGUCCGAGUACCCGGGGUCCUACCUCACCAAGGACGACAACUGGCUGGUCCGGCACCCGGACUGCAUCAACGUCCCCGACUGGAGAGGGGCCAUCUGCAGCGGGCACUAUGCACAGAUGUACAUCCAGGCCUACAAGACCAGCAACCUUCGGAUGAAGAUCGUCAAGAACGAGUUCCCGGGCCGGCCCCUCUACCUGGAGGGCGCCCUGACCCGGAGCACCCACUACCAGCAGUACCAGCCGGUCGUGGCGCUGCGGAAGGGCUACACCGUGCACUGGGACCAGACGGCCCCCGCCGAGCUCAUCAUCUGGCUCAUCAACUUCAACAAGGGCGACUGGAUCCGCGUGGGGUUCUGCUACCCCCGAGGCACCACCUUUUCCAUCCUCUCGGACGUGCACAAUCGCUUGCUGAAGCAGACGUCCAAGACGGGCACCUUCAUGCGCACCUUCCAGAUGGACAAGGUGCAGCAGAGCUUCCCGGGCAGGAGCCAUUACUAUUGGGAUGAGGACUCCGGGCUGCUGUUCCUGAAGCUGGAAGCGCACAGCGAGAGGGAGAGGUUUGCUUUCUGCUCGGUGAGAGGCUGCGAGAGAAUCAAGAUCAAGGCUCUGCUGCCCAAGGACGCCGGCAUCAGCGACUGCACGGCCAGCGCCUACCCCCGGUUCGCCGAGCGGCCAAUCGUGGACGUGCCCAUGCCCCGGAAGCUCCUUGGCGCCCAACUGAAGACGAAGGACCGCUUCCUGGAGGUGAAGAUGGAAAGUUCCAGGCAACGCUUCUUCCAUCUCAUGAGCGACGUCGCCUACACUGAAGUGGACGGUGUGAAGCGUCCCAGCGCGGAGGAUGGCCUCCAGGUGCUGGCGGUCGAUGGCCACCGGGGCCACGUGCUGAGCCACGCCAGCUUCCGGAACGUCAUUCUGCAGGGUGUCCCGUGGCAGCUUCUGGAGCACAUAGCAGCCCUUCCGGACAAUUGCAUCGUGCUCAUGGUGUCCAAGGGAAGAUAUACCUCCAGGGGCCCCUGGACCAGAGUGCUGGAAAGCCUCGGCGCAGACAAGAGCCUCAAAUUGAAAGAAAAGAUGGCAUUCGUUGGCUUCAAAGGGGACUUCCGGCCCACCUGGGUGACCCUGGACACGGACGACCACAAGGCCAAGAUCUUCCAAGUGGUGCCGAUCCCCGUGGUGAGGAAGAAGAAGCUGUGAGGGGGCUGCUCGCGGUGCUGCCCCCCGGUGCGCAGUGAUGGCAGACCCCGGCGGCGGGCGGCUCCCCCGGCCCUGGCCCCAGUGGGGUCAGCCCUGAUGGGCCAAGGGGAGGCCGUCAGAGAUGCCUGGUGCUGCCCACCCCCUCCCCAGCCUCCAGUCAAGGGUCUCCCUGCAGCCUCCUGGGUACUUCUCUCCUGCCUCUGCAGGGGGGUGGGGAGGCGUGGGGGGUGUACGCGGAGUCCCGAGCGGUGCUGGCACCCGGAGCCCCGAUCAGCCAUCGCAGAUCUCCGUGCUCCCCAGCGUGCAUGGUGGGAGGUGGAGCCGGGAAGAGAGUUGGGUCUUCGGGAAAUCUCUGUUCCUGUUAGCGAGCGGCGACCUUCAGGCCUUGGGAGCUGGGGUGUAGACAGCGCUCCCCAAGGCGGACCGGCAACCCUCGGGGAAUGGGCCAGCCCUGCCUCUGGGGGGUCCCGCCCUUCUGGAGACGUCAGGUUCUGGGAUGGGGGGAGGACUAGGUGACUUCUAGAGGCCCUUUCUGUCGUGAGAUUCCAGAAGUCUGUGGCUUUCUGCACCAUACACAGACCCUAGCUGUAGAUGGGAUUCUUCCUGGCCGGCGCCUGGGAGGCAGGGUGCCCCGGGGCACGCAGGGCCGGGGCGGUGAGAAGCCAGGCCUGCAGUCUGUGGCUUGCAGCCUGGGGGGACAGGCGGUCAGGUCUGCGUGCCCCCGGUGCCAGGCGAGACUGUGAAGUAGGGAGGAUGGGGACCCUGCGGGUGCCCUGGAGGGAAGGAUCCCGCCCACUUGAGGGGUCAGGAAGCUUCCCGCAGGGGGAGGAACAGGCCUGCAGGAAGGAAGGGCCGGGCAUCUGGUGGGCAGAGGGGUUCGGAGAUGAAGCCGGGGACUGCAGGUCACCCUCUGCCUGCCGCCUGCUGGCCACUCUCACGGCCAAGUGUGCCGGGCAGGGGGUGGGCUGGGCGGGCCAGGCCCACUGUGGGGAGCACUUCAGUCCCCAGUCGGCCGCCCUCAGGCCCCGGAUGCGGGGAGCUAGGUGGAGAGACAUGAGCUCCUAUUUGGGGCCUCAUGAGUUCUUGAAUGGGCUCACCCCUCAAGGAGCCCAGGGUUUCGGGCUUGGAAAGGACUUUACUGGUGACCUAGGCCCAAACCCUCAUUUUGAGGACAGGGCACGUGAGACCUGAAUGGGGAAGAACCACACAGCCAGGCCAGGGGGCCUGGGCGCCCCAUGCCUAGCACCGGCUGCCAUACCACAUUGCCUCAACAACGGGCCCCAGGGUGUCCCGCACCCCCGAGGGAGCUCCCCAGAUGGGACCAAGCCCCCUGGAAGGGAAGACGGAUCAGAAUGUAGAGAACUGGCCCAUGGCGGUUUCCUCCUGGUCUUCUGUGCACAGCGGGUGCCCUCCCGCGGGCUGGGGAUGGCCCUGCAGGCUCCACGGGGUUCCAAGUACCUGCCACCCCUCGAGAGGGCACCCAGCAGCCACGACCCUUCCCCAGGUGUCCCCUGGUCUGCAGGCCUGCGGGCGUGGCCUAGGGGACAGCAUCGGGGCACACUGCCAGGCUUCCGGUGAGCUCUGGGGGCGUCUGCAGAGCUGCGGGGCCCACUGCAGGCCUCCAGCGACUGCUCAGCACGCGCAGAGAGUUCCGGGAAGGAGGAAAGCUUCGCUUCUCUGCUCAGGUCCCCGAGUCACCCAGGGGGCCACGAGGAGCUGCGGUUUCCCCUUUCCUGCAACCAACCACAAAGCCUUUCUUCAGAGAGGGCCUUCUUGGCUCCCUGCACCCGGGCGCGUCCGUGACUCUCGGGCAGGCUGAGUCGACACCUCCCAGUUCGCCCAGCGGCUCGGAGGUGGCGGUGGGAUGGGGUGGCUGCGGGGCCCUGGGAAGGGAGGCGAGAUGACCUCAUGUUCGCGGCUACAGUUCUGCGGGGUUUCAGACCCUGGCAGUGCCAAGGGCCUAAGCACUGUGAAGCAGUUGGGAUCACUUCGGGUGGCCAGGACGUGGGCUGCCUCCAGUUCAGUUACUUUCCAAAACGACCCAUUUGAGAUCCCUCAGAGUUGUACAUACGUCUAACGGCGCUGGAUCUGUGUGCUUUCUCUCCGGCGCGUUCUUGGUGGCGCGGACUGUCUCGUGGCUUGGAACCCUGCUCCUAUGGUCCUCUGUUUGUCAGCGCUCACGGGAGCUGGGCCUUUAGGGUAAAAGACACUCCUCUGAGAUGCUUGUCUCCUUCCUGUUGCCGAAAUAGCGGGUCCUUUUUCGGGAAUUCGAUGUACCGUGUGUUUUGUGUGUAAACGGCGCUACCAUGAACAAAGAUGUAUUUUCUAUUUAUUUAUUCUAUAUGCACUUGGAGAAGUCAUGGUCAGAGAAAUGAAGAGUUGUCUUAAAUGUCGUGCGAGGGGGGUGAAUGCAGAGCCUUCUGUGGGCAGCAGAGGACCUUGGCUCUGGUUUGGAGAAUCUUGCUGUACCAUAGUAAACUCACAAAGGAUCUCCUU